GGUUGCUUACAUUUAGAGCACUAAAAAGUAAAGCAUUAGUAUUAUUUCAAGCACUAAUAGAAUGAUAAGUUAAGAGGUGAAUGUACAAAGCUUUCAAGAUGUACAUUUGAUCACUGGUAUACAGUUUGAAAGUUAGAAAACAUUUUUUUGCCGUGGUUGUCUUACAUUCCCAUAGUGUUUUGUUGUAUAUAAAUCAACUUAAAGGUUUACUUUGCUUUGAACAUGUUUUGUCUUUAUUUUAGAAAUAAUUUUUUAAGCUUUACUUGCACACUACUAAUGCUAAGAAAGCGAAGAAAGCACUUACCAACAGUGAUAUGUCUGUGCUGGAGUACUAGAGCAUUGCAAUAUUCCUACUACUCCGAAACCCCAAGUUUCAGGGCAACAGGCAUAUUUAAUGGGAUCUCAGUGGUGUGUACAGUAUUUGACUGUGGGGCCUUCAUAAACCCAAAGAGACAACAAAGUUGACCUGCCAAGUACAGCCAAACACAGACGCCCAGGAGUCUGCUCAAGGUUUCUCCAACCACAUGGCCCACUCCUUUUCUAACUUAGACUCAGGCUGAAAGAGAGCAAGUUGAGCUAAAGAGAGAAACACGAGAACAGAGUUCAAUCUCUUCAGUUUACGGUGAUUCACUCAGGAAUGGGAUGACUUUUUGACUGCAUAUUUUUCAUUCUAAGCUUUCGCUGUCCCUUGUUGUGGCCAGAAUGGCCAUGUCAUUAAAAGUUCCUUAUUUAUCAAGAUUAUUCCGAAGAAAGUUGAGUUUUCUUUUUUUUCAGACACUGGUAAACAGGAUAUUGAGGUUGUUUACUAAACAUUCUGUUUUUCUCUUUCGGCGUCUGGCUGUAACAAUAAAUUGGUUUGUUCGCUGCAAGCAAACAGAGCAACUACGGAACAAUGUGCCUGCCAUACAAUACACUGCAUGGUAACUUUCUCUGUGUCCCUGAUCCUGUCCAUUGUCAAAACAGGCGACGCAUCCCAACAUGCGGACAUACUAUUUUUGCACUGACACGGCAAAAGAGAUGGAGUCCUGGAUGAAAGUCAUGACAGAUGCUGCACUUGUGCAUGCAGAGCCAGUCAAAAGGUUGGACAGGCUAAAAGUGGAGCAGUGUGGACCACAAGAGAUCAACCAUGUGGCCAACCACAAGCCGCCACUCACACAGCCUGAAAUUCAGAACAAUGAACGCAACCGUGAGGUGGACCGUGAGCGCACUGCAGCAGUCCCCUCCACCACAGCGGAAGAAGAUAGGAAGCAGCGAGAUGCUGAGCGCUACGGCUUCCAGAAGGAGGGGGCGGAGCGCGAGCGUCCGCUCACCAAGAUCAACAGUAUCAAACUGCAGCCAGCCCAGGCAGCGGCCGUCAAGGCUAACCUCACCUUGCAGCAGACUCCGACAGAAAUGGACGGGACACACCGCAGCCCCCAGGUCAAUGGAUCUGGUGAGCAAUGUCCAGCUGAUGGGACUGGAGCCCCUCCUCAGCAAAGUCCCACCCAUGAGCCAGAGCGCACCCUGAGCAGGACCAGCUCUAUGCAGCAACUGGAACACUGGGUCCGCACACAAAGAGGGCGCACCCCAGACGAUGACACCAGGAGCAUCACGUCAUACCAGACGCUGCCUAGAAACAUGCCAAGCCAUCGGGUACCCUAUAUGCCUCAUUAUGGCGAUGGCUACUGCAGUAUGCCCAGGAAUAGCAUGGCACAGCGGGACAGCAUCUGCAGCAUGUCGCCAUCAUUGUACGACCAGGCUCUGGGUCCCUCGUCGUCUGACAAGCGCCGCUCCAUGCGCGACGACACCAUGUGGCAGUUAUUUGAGUGGCAGCAAAGGCAGGCCUACACCAGGCAGCCGGGGGUUUACAGCAAUAUGGCCAGUCCCAAAACCAUGAUCAACCUGUCAGCGCAUGCUGCACCAAGCCACUCCAUCCCCCCCUCGCCCUCCCACGGCUCCCUGUCCAUGUACGGCGGCUACUCUCCAAUGCGAUCCUACAACAUGAACAAUGCCCGAUCAGAGGUGUCCUCUCCCAUCUACAGAAGAGACUUGAGCAUUGACAGACGGCACAGGCCACAACUUAACAAGUAUGCCUACCCACCUGAUCGGCGGUCUAUGCCUGCAGGGAUCCCAGUCCAGACUAUCACUGCCCAGUCUCUGCAAGGCAAAACACCUGAGGAACUGACUCUGCUGCUGAUAAAGCUGCGGCGGCAGCAGGCAGAGCUAAACAGUAUCCGGGAGCACACUGUAGCACAGCUUAUGCAGCUAAACAUGGAUGGCGACAACCCAAAGAACGACAUUCUCUCCCAUCAUCUCCAAAGGAACCUCAUGUAUUUGGACAAUCAGAUGAAGGAAAAUGACCCUUUAAUCGUCAUGACUCACACUUUGAUUGAGAACUCUGCCCCAAGGCCUCAACUUUACCAGCAAUUGAGUCCAGAAGACUACAGGGAACACGCCUAUACAUGUAUGCCAGAAGAGGUGGACAUUGAUACCAAACUUAGCAGGUUGUGUGAGCAGGAUAAAUUGGUGAGGACACAUGAGGACAAACUUCAGCAGCUCUACAGAGAGAAGCACACCCUGGAGACAGCACUGCUGUCAGCCAGCCAAGAGAUAGAGAUGGGCUCUGAUAACCCUGCCGCCAUGCAGAGUGUCAUCCAGCAGAGAGACUUACUGCAGAGUGGCCUGCUCAGCACCUGCAGAGAGCUUUCCAGAGUCACAACUGAGCUGGAGCGAUCGUGGAGGGAGUAUGACAAGCUGGAAGGAGAUGUGACUCUGGCUAAGAACAACCUGCUGGAGCAACUUGAAGCACUGGGAAGCCCUCAGACUGAGCCUCCCAGCCAGCAGCAUGUCCGGAUCCAGAAAGAGCUUUGGAGUAUUCAGGAUGUCAUGGAGGUCCUUAAUAAACAUAAAGCUCAGAGAAAUGCUGACGGUGUAAACUCCUAUGGGCCCAUGACUAACUUCAGCAAGCACAGAAAUGAGGAGGAGGACUCUGUACCCCCACGGCCACCCCUACCGCAGUCCUACGAGCCCAACCCCCCCACCGUGCCCCCACUGCCCUCUCAUGCCGGUGUGCGCCCUUCAACCCUCCACAGGCCGGAGGACAGGAAGGCCAAUCACAGGAAUGGCACACACAGCGGCCCAGACUACAGGCUCUAUAAGAGUGAACCAGAGCUCACCACAGUGACCGAAGUGGAUGAGAGCAAUGGAGAGGACCGAUCUGACCACCCUUCUGAUAGAGAACAUUCUGGAAACAAAGGGAUGUCCUACCCAGUUGGCAUAGUUCCACCUAGGACCAAAUCUCCAAUACCUGAGUCUUCCUCCAUUGCUUCGUAUGUUACUUUAAGGAAGAGCAAGAAGCCGGACCCCAGGACGGAGCGUCCACGCAGUGCGGUGGAGCAGCAGCUGUGUGCUGUGGAGAGCAGCCGGCCCAGAAUGAGUGUGGAGGAGCAGCUGGAGAGGAUCCGCCGCCACCAGCAGGGUGCCCUCAGGGAGAAAAAGAAAGGCCUCAGCAUCCGGGGUGGCAGCCAGGAGAACACACCCUCUCGCAGUCACUCAUUUACUAAAGGAAACCAUUUUCCCAGCAUGCAGUCCCAAAUGAGGCGCAGAGACGAGGUGAUCAGCAGUGACAUUCAGGAGCUGGAGGCUUCACUCAGGCAGCAGGAGGUGGUGAGGGAGCAGGAGACGCCUGCUGAGGAGAUUGCUCGUCUCAAAGAAGCCUCGCAGGUUGACCACUUAAAUGUGGACCGCGAGCUUUCUGUGCCUGACAAAGUGCUGAUUCCUGAGCGCUAUGUGGAGUCAGACCCCGAGGAGGCUCUGAGCCCUGAACAGGAGGCUGAUAAGCAGAGAAAAGUAGAUCGCAUCAAAGCCCUCAUAGCCAAAAACAGCAUGCAGAACGUUCUGCCGAGUAUGGCUUUAAGCCCAGAGGAGGAGACUGAAGAGGAGGUUACCAUACAGGAGAAGGAGAAGAUGAUUAAUAUCUCCUACGAGCUGGCAGCAGAGGCCUCCAAACGCAGCAAGCUGGUAGCAGUGAAAAGCUUGUCGCCCUCUUCCCCACCCCUCCCACAGUCUCCUAACACACCCCCUCAACUCACUGAUGGGUCUCACUUCAUGUGUGUCUAGUAGCACCACACAGGCUCUGGCCUCAGUGAAAACCUACACAUGAAGGAAACAGCAGCAGAGGUAUAAAGAUGCCUCAGAAGACUUCCCCCAAGGACAUCAGCACAAGGCCACGGCCUACAGAGAGAGAAACUGCCUACUCCGGGGUCUUAACCUCUGACUUCUGUAUGCUCACUGUGACGUCUUAAGCUCCUGUGCCACCAACAAGACUUUUUCUGUGUGACAUUUCUCUGUUAUUGUCCCUCUUUGUGGUGCCACACUCUCCUCAACCCGGUGAGACAAUACAGCUUUGAUCCUGUUAUUGUUACAGUUUCAUUUUUCAGUUUUUCAAUGCUUUCAAGGUUGUUUUUAUUAUUUAUAUGGUUUUAUUAGGUUCUUCUUUGAAUAUGGGCAAAUGUCUAUCGGUGUGUCUAUAUAUAUAUAAAUAUACAUAUAUGUUUAUAUAGACACACAUAUACAUAUGAGGCUAAUAUUGUGAGCCAAAGGGCUUGUGACAAAUUGUUUUGGGCUAUGCUACAUUUUCCAUUCAUGUUUCACCACCUGGUCAAAAAGGUUCCAAGAACAUGUUUUCACAUAGUCUUAGUUCAGUUAAGUCUUUUAUAAAUCCCUGUUUGUUUUUCAACAGUCAUUAGCUAAACAUUCAUAUUCAUCAAUUUAUUGUAAAGAACAUUUGUUGAUAUGAAAGAUGGGUAUAUAAGAGAUGUAGAUCCCUCAAUUAUAAUGAAAGUAGGGACCACUUUAUUGCUGCAGAUUUAAGAUUAUUUGUAAUUUCUCCUGUUUCUGGGUUGUAAUUAUUUAAAAAUGGGAUCUUCUGCAGUCCCUGUCGCAUUGUUGCCGACACAUAUGUGAAUGUUCUGGCUUUAGUCACUCUAUACUGUCUUUUUUUAUUGCUGAGAGAUAUAUUUAAACUGAGAGAAGGCAAAAAAAAGAGAGUUUGGUUCUAUUUUAUGACAUGUUGGUUUGAAAUCUUGGAACUAAAGAAAAAAAAAAAAUUAGCACAUGUAAAGAGCAAUAAAAAUAAAACAUUUGUGGAUCCAGGAUUAUUUUUUUGUGUGUAUAUAGUGUAAUUAUCAGAGGUUUACUGUGUAUAUAAUGUACAUGGUACAGCAUGAUGGGAGGAUGUAUCCAACAUAUGGUUACAAACAAGAAUUGAUUUGCAAAUGUUCAUAUUCCAUCUGUUUUAUAUCAUGUUAAAUAAAUGUUGCUGUUCUUAACAAA